AUGGCAAGCCACGCCAUUCUCAGCGAUAACGUCUGGAACUUUGGCAAUCUCCCCUUCUCAAGUGGCGUCAAAGCCAACCAUUACCCUCCAGAUAUCCAAGCUCGACAGGUCGAGAACAUUCACGUCCCGACAUGGGCUAUGAUGCCCAUGAACACUCUGGCCGGCGCAUCCUCUGUUAAGGACUCAAUCUCAGUCAUCUACCACGAAACCAAGGCCAUGAUUGCGAGCGGCAUACCUGCCGACGCCGUGACCGGAACUGACUGCAACGUAGCCGCAAUCUUCGACAGAAACGAAUACGAGAAGACUUCGAUGCUCUCUCAGUGGGCGGCAAGAAUCAUCUACAGUGUUCGUCACAAGAGCAACGACUUUACAUCGCUCGCAGCAUGCUACCUCAUGUGGGUGCUGAUGCGGUGGAUGGUCAAUCCACGGCCGGACACUUACUAA